AUGGAAAGUGCAGUGUUUGAGCUGACAGCUCAUGCCCUUAGGGAUAGCGAUGCAAUAGCCAGACUUCAUUCUCUAAACAGACUGCAGCAAGCCAACCAGGACUCAAAGCAGCUGGAACCAACGAUGAGGGGCCUGGCAGGCUUCCUGCUGUGCUCCUUGCUGCUGCUGGCCCCCCACUCCACAGGGGUGGCUGCCCAGGACACCCAGCCUGACCCCAAAACGCCAUGUGCCAAUUGGAUGGGAGGAGCACCCGGUUACCCUGGCCACAACGGCAUCCCUGGCCGGGAUGGGAAAGAUGGAAGAGAUGGACUGAAGGGAGAUAAAGGAGAUGAAGGUCCAGCAGGUCCCAAAGGUGAACCAGGCCCAGUAGGAAGCCGAGGCUUUCCCGGACCUCCUGGAUCUCCUGGAAUUCCUGGAACCCCAGGGCAGAAGGGCAAAGAUGCUUUUGUGCAGCGCUCUGCCUUCAGCGUGGGGCUGACAGAGCACAGCCCUGCCCCCAACGUCCCCAUCCGCUUCAGCAAGAUCUUCUACAACGAGCAGGGCCACUACGACCCCAGCACGGGCAAGUUCCUCUGCAACGUCCCUGGCACCUACUACUUCGCCUACCACCUCACAGUCUACCUGUCAGACGUCAAGGUCAGCCUCUACAGGAAGGACAAGGCCGUGAUCUUCACCUACGACCAGUUCCAGAGCAACAACGUCGACCAAGCGAGCGGCUCUGUGUUGCUGCACCUCAGCUCUGGGGAUGAGGUCUGGCUUCAGGUGUACGGCGACGGGGACAAAAAUGGGGUCUAUGCUGACAACCUCAAUGAUUCCACUUUCAUGGGCUUCCUCCUGUACCCUGACCCAGAUAACUACUAAAGCAGGGGGUGCUGCAUGGAAGAGGGGGAGGUGGCUUAACCCCAGCAUGUCCUGGGGCACUGGCGCUAUAGCUAUAAUGUAUUUACCAGAAAUUGCCUUUUGCAAGGACAACCACUGCCAAGGGGGGACCCUUUCUCCUGUGAAAUCAGUGAGAUCACACCAGUGCUUCCAUGGAACCAAGAAUUCACUCCUACACCUGCUCUUGCUUUCCUGUGGAAACCUCGACCCAAAGUCAAGUACCACUCCUGUCAUGGCAUGAAAAACUCUCAACAUGGCUUAACCUUCCUUUAAAUUUAAAAGUGAGAAAAGAACAAUUGGCUGCAUUUAAAUAUGACAUUCUAAAUUGUUCUUUUUUAGCCACCUAAAUCCAUUGAAACCAAUUGCAGAAAUUUUAGUCAGCAUUUUAAAUUUUAAGUAGAAGAGGGAAAAUACUACUCACAAAAGCAGAGUGCUCUUGUUUUCAGCUGGAAUCAAUGGCUCAAUUUUUUGUAACUCCCACUUAUUUGAGCCUUUGACUUCCACUCCUGGUUUGCUGUCUCCCUUUUUUUUAGCCCAGAUUUUUGAAUAUAUUCAGAUUAUUAACUUCCACUGAUUUUAAUCCUUUGAUUUUCUUUUUAUGCUUAUUCCCUAUUGUUAUGUCUAAUGCAGACAGCAGGCUGGGGGGCAGGGAUCUUCUCUUGUGAUUUAUCUGAGAAGCCUUGUGAGCACCAGUGAAGCCACACAACAAAAACAGCCCAUUAACUGUGUGGUUUUGGGGGUUCCCAGGUGACCACAAAGAUCCUGUCUCAUCCCCCCUCCAAACAGCUCCCAGGUGCACCCAAAAGUUGAGAUCUAUCAGCAGUGUUUGCACUUUUCCAGGCCCUAGGUGUGUCAUGCCCACCAGCUAGGCAGAGCUUCAGGUGGUGUGGGCUUCUGGGAUGAGCCCCCCACCCCUGCCCCAGCUUUGGGCAAGGUUACCUGAAUGCAGAAGAGUGUUAAGGCUGGAAUUAGUCAGUACAUCAAACUGCUCUCCAAAGAGCUUGCUUGACUGAGCUAAAAGAGGAUUUGAUGGUUUCUCAGAUAAAUUCAAAGAAGACUCCUCCUGCUACUACUAAGCUUCAGAACGAGCAAACACAGAUCAGAGCUAAUGCAGUAUUACAAGCACAAAACAACAUUAAGAGCUUCAACUGAAAUUACUUGCAGCAUCA